UUUCCGACGUUCAUUCAGGUCGUAGUAGCGCACUCUCAAUGUCUCUCGGGGUUCCGAGUCUCGCCGCAGAACGCAAUCAGUCCAUAGUAGUGGAAGUGAUUGAGUUCAAAGAUGAGAAGAUACCAAUCGGAACACCCAACAUUCUAAAGCGGAGUUAUGAGAGUCUGGACUAUGACGAGUGUGAGAAUGAUUUGUUGGUGAACGAGGCACAGCGGAAAGGUUACCCGUGGGAGAUCAGGAAGAAAAUCUCACGAUGGUUCAUCUGCCUGAUAGUCGGUCUGCUCACAGCUCUCAUUGGAGUAGGGAUAGACAUCUCCAUACAAUAUCUGGCAAAGAUCAAAUACACCAAGCUGAAAGAAUACCUAGACGCCUGCUCAGAUGUGGAUUGCAUGUACACUCCGUACUUGUUCUGGCUCGCUUCAAACCUAGUAGCUGUGCUGCCCGGAGCUGUCCUCGUUGCUUACGUGGAGCCGAUAGCAAUGGGCAGUGGUAUUCCUCACGUCAAGUGCUAUCUCAAUGGUAUUAAGAUGCCUCACAUUGUCCGUCUACGAACACUUGUUGUCAAAGUGGUGGGGGUUGUGUCAGCCGUUGUCGGAGGCUUGGCUUGUGGAAAGGAAGGCCCAAUGAUCCACUCAGGCGCUGUGGUGGCUGCUGGGAUUUCUCAAGGGAAAAGUUACUUUUUGAAGUUCCUCAACAUGCAUUCCUUCGCCAAGUUCCGCGAUGACAGGGAGAAGAGAGACUUUGUGUCAGGAGGAGCUGCGGCUGGGGUGGCAGCGGCUUUUGGGGCUCCAGUUGGAGGUGUCUUGUUUGCUCUGGAGGAAGGAGCCAGUUUCUGGAACCAAGGUCUAACCUGGAGAAUCUUCUUUGCGUCCAGUGUCUCGGCGUUUACUCUAAAUGCUUGCAUGAGCUGGUACGAAGACCAUCCUGGCAACAUGUCAUAUGACGGUCUGUUAAACUUUGGCAGUUUCGAUGACCUCAACUAUCACAUGCCAGAGCUGAUUAUAUUUGUUGUGAUGGGAGCGAUCGGUGGACUUCUAGGAGCUUUCUACAACUUUGCUAACCACAAACUGACAGUUUUUAGGAUGAGGUACAUCAGAAGCAGAUGGUUAAAGGUAUUGGAGGUGCUUUUGGUGUCUGGAGUCAGUUGCACUUUGGCAAUAUUCAUGGUGUAUGGAAUGGAACAAUGUGUCGAUAUCGGGGACAACCCCACACCAUACCCUAUACAGAUGCAUUGUGAUGAUGGUGAAUACAAUUCACUUGCAUCAUUGUGGAUUCAACUUCCAGAAACUACAGUGCGAUCUUUCUUCCAUGACAGCAGUGGUACCCAUGCUAUCGGCACACUGUUGCCGUUUGUCAUUGUGUACUACUUUGUCUCCAUUUGGACGUACGGCAUCAGUGUCUCGGCUGGUCUGUUCAUCCCCUGUUUGCUUGUUGGUGGAGCGUGGGGUCGCAUGAUUGGCAUUGGACUCCAAGCUAACUUUCCUUAUGCGCCUAUACUAGCCAAUCCUGGCAAGUACGCUCUGAUAGGCGCCGCAGCACAGCUGGGUGGUGUGGUGCGUAUGACUAUCAGUCUCACAGUCAUCCUGAUAGAAGCUACUGGCAGCAUCAUCUUUGGUCUGCCUCUUAUGAUCACAUUGCUCACGGCUAAGUGGGUCGGUGAUUUCUUCAAUGAGGGUCUCUACGAUCUACACAUCCAACUGUCCGGAGUUCCUCUCCUGGCUUGGGACCCACCUCCACUCUCCUUCAUCUUGAAUGCUCGAGAAUUCAUGAGCAGUCCUGUGACGACUUUACAGCCGGUCGAGUCUGUGCGCAGGAUCGUUCACAUCCUUCGCACUAAGACCUACAACGGAUUCCCAGUUGUUGAUCCGUGUGUAUCUUCUGCAGACUCUGUGAGGUCGUUUGGACGUCUGAAAGGGUUGAUCUUGCGGUCCCAGCUGAUCGUAAUGCUGCAAAACAAGAUCUUCAAUGUCAACACUGACGGAUGGGACAACAGCAGAAUCAAUAUGAGCAUGUUCCGCAAACUCUAUCCAAGGUUUCCCACCAUUGAGGAUAUUGCGUUAACUGAUGAGGAAAUGAACAGAAGUUUAGAUCUAAGGCCUUUCAUGAAUCCAUCCCCCUACUGUGUUCAAAUGAUCUCAUCCAUGCAGAGAGUGUUCCGAUUGUUCCGAGCUCUUGGACUAAGACAUGUUGUCGUUACAAAUGAGACCAAUGAGGUCGUUGGCAUUGUUACGAGAAAGGAUUUGACCAAGUACAGAGUUUGGAAGCAUUUUGGUCAAUGUGGUGUCAAAGAAUUAAAAAUCGUCUGAAAAUUAAAACACAAAAAAAUAGGUUUAAAUGAAUCAAAGAUGUCUUUGAUGUUUACAAUAGAAAAAUGUAAAUAGCAUGUACAGUCAUAAGGAUGUAUGUUUUAAAAAUGUGUAAUAUUAAGUACAGUUUUAAAUAUUGAUAAGUGUUGACGUAACUGUUACAAUGGGCGAAUUCUGGGAACAUGUACCGGUGAAGAUGAACCGGUGACUUACUCACCGGUACCGACCCGGGGUAAGAGUCUCCCCAAGGCAAGGUCUUAUAAAUUUACUUUAUAAUAUUUAAAUCAAACAAACUAACCCACACAGAAUAAAUUACUUGAAAAUUAUUCACUUAUUACGUAAUUUAACCCCCUCAGAGAAUGAAUUAUUCACUCAUUACGUAAUAAAACCUAUCAAACUGAUGGACAUUAUUCGAUGGACCCGCCAUCUUGCCAUAGCUGCUGGAGUUGUAUACUGUUGUCCAAGGAACUGUCCAAUCAGAGGCCGCCGGUGUAUUAUGUAUUGGAAAUAAUUAAUCCUUUGUGGAGGAAAAAGAGGAAAUAGCUGUCUGCUAGGUUAACUCACUGGUCCCCCAGAACGACACAUUUUAUGCACCGGUCAGUGUUCCCAGAACGCACUCAAUGACUUUGGAUUCUGCAAUUUAAAUUCUCAUUCUAUUGUGAAAUCUGAAGCCUGUUUUGAAG